CUAAUAAAUUUACAUGAUUUAAACAAUAAAAUUACACAUAAAAUUAAAAUGUUUGGGAACCUCUGCCAUACAUAGCAUUAACCUUUUCCAAAGGCAUCGUUAUUUAUUUGCAGGCUAUAGUGAAAAUCGCACCGUUCAAAUGGCUGACAAGAAAAAGGCUCUAUUCAUCUGCCUCGGUAACAUUUGCCGCUCGCCUAUAGCGGAAGCAGUGUUCCUGAAGACCAUCCGGGAAGCCGGCGUCGCUGACCAGUGGGAAGUGGACAGCGCUGCCAUAGGGGGAUGGCACGUUGGGAACUUGCCGGAUCACCGGGCGUUGGCCACCAUGGAGAAGCACGAGUUGCCGUACGAGAACCGCGCCCGGCAGAUCACCAAGAAUGACUUCAAUCAUUACGACUACAUCUUCGGCAUGGACCAGGAGAACAUGUCCGACCUGAAGAGUCGCGCCCCGAAAGGGUCCAAGGCGAAGCAACUUUUUUUGGGUGACUACGAUACGGACGCACCGGGCAAAAUCAUUCGCGAUCCGUACUACGACCAGGGGUCGGAGGGAUUCGAGCAAUGUUACGUCCAGUGCGUGCGAUGUUGCAAAGGGUUCCUCGAAAAGGUCGAGAGAGGUGAACUGUGAUAGAGCUGUUUGGUGCUGUAGGCAAAGGUUUUGCUUGUGAAAUAAAGGUGAUCGGUUUUGAAUGUUAA